AUGCGACUUUCACAUUCAUUACUCUAUUCUUUGCUGGUCUCGGCGAUUGGCGUCCAUGCGUCUCCAUCGCCUACUCCAGUUCCCGAUCCAACCACCCUCCAGAAACGAGCGGCAGCAACUGAUCCCUAUGACCCUCAAAUCACUCUCAAUCUCGACCUCCCCCCCGUCUCAAUUCCUCCUGUGACGAUUCCUCCGGUUACCAUUCCCAGCCUCACUUUGGAUUUGCCCACUAACACCUGUACACCUACCAUUGCGCCCGAUAAAAAUGGGUGGGUUCCACCAACAGAGUGCAACGCGCUCUACCUCUACUACCCGUCCUUCGGUGCGGCGAUUGCCUUCUCCUUCAUCUUCGGGGUGGUGAUGAUCGCGCAUUUUGUCCAGGCCACCAUCUACAAAACCGGCUUCGUCUGGGUGAUCCUCAUGGGAGCGACGUGGGAGUGUAUUGGAUUCGUGGUGCGAGUGUUGAGUACUCGGGACCAGCAGAAUUCCACGCUGGCCUUGAUCACCCAGCUAUUUAUUCUCCUGUCUCCAUUGUGGGUGAAUGCCUUCGACUAUAUGGUUCUGGCGCGAAUGAUCCACUUCUUCGUACCCGAAAAAACCAUCGGUAUCUUCAAGCCCUCACUUCUCGCAACGAUCUUCGUCUUCCUAGAUCUGGGAUCUUUCAUCAUUCAGUUGAUUGGAGGCAGUAUGGCGGGACCAGGUGUCUCCCACGAUCAGCAGAUGAAUGGUAUUCACAUCUAUAUGGGUGGUAUCGGCAUCCAGGAGUUCUUCAUCAUCCUCUUCCUCUUGAUCGCGAUCCAGUUCCACCGUCGGAUGCUGCAUCUCGAUCGUAUAGGGCAACUCGUCGGGCCUAAGACGCAGUGGAGAGGACUGCUUUACGCUCUCUACUGCAGUCUCCUCUUCAUCACCGUACGUAUUAUCUAUCGAUUGGUGGAAUUCUCCUCAGGCAACGACGCCUCCAACCCCAUCCCCUAUCAUGAAUGGUAUGUGUACGCCUUUGAUGCCGUUCCCAUGCUGUUCGCCAUUGCCGUCUGGAAUUUGGUACAUCCGGGGAAAGUCCUGCAGGGUCCCGAUGCGAAGAUGCCACCCAGUGCGCUCCGCAAGAUUUGCUGCUGCACUGCAUGCAGGAAGCGAAAGCACAAGGAUAUGCAGAAGAUUCCUGACUCAGAUCCGUCCGGCGGCGAUGAGAUGCUGCCUCUGCGUGACCGCGCACCAUCGCCCUACCGGUGA